AUGUCUCCACUACCUUUGGAUAGCUGAAUAACAAGAGGUGAUGAAGUCACUGUAAUAGAUACGCUGGCGCUUCCAGUUAUAGGGGAACUAUUAGUAUUCUGAGUAGCUGUUGCAGUGAAAACAUAUGGACCUCCUGCAGCAAGCAAAUUGCUUGAAAUAGACAGUUUUUGUGUAGUUGUCGAAGAAGCAAGAUUAGUGGCUGCAGUACUGGAUGGACCUGAUGUAUAA